AUGCCACUCACCGCCCUCGCCGCCGAGCUCCUCCUCCUAAUCGCCGACGAGCUCUCCCUCCACGACGUCUCCUCCCUCCUCCGCGCAAACCACCACCUCAACACCCUCCUCACCCCGCACCUCUAUACCCGCGCCAAAACCCUCCUAGUCCCUCUCCCUUCCCGUGGCGGCCAAGACCUCGAGCUCGAACCACUUCUCAAUAACCUCGCCCGUCUCGGUCGCAUCCGCUCCGUCACACACAUCCUCAAUGCCGGCGCAUCGGCUACCACUGGCUCCCCACCCGCACUCUACACCGCCGCCGAAGCCGGCCAGGAGGAUAUAGUGAGCCUCAUGAUCGCGUACCACAUGGAAAGAACCCAGGGUGUAGCCGUCUGCCGCGUUGCGUGCCAGAGGUACAAUUCUGGCCGCAGCCCGCUGCACAUUGCCGCACAGUGUGGCCACGACGCCACAGUCCGCGUGCUGCUCGAGGCGGACUUCAGCGUGAUGGAGCAGACCGAGGACGGGGCGACGCCGCUGGUGCUGGCUGUCACGAACGCCCGUGUGCAGGUGGUGCGGACGCUGCUUGAGUAUGGAGCAUCGCCGAAUGUGGAUGUGGGCGGGUUGUCGGUUUCCGCGGCGAGGAGGAAGCCAUUGAUCCACUGGGUUGUGAAGAACGCGUUUGUCUUGAAGGUUCUGCGAGGGUCUGAUCUACUGCCCAUACUACGCCUGCUACUCGACUACGGGGCUGACGUUCUCUCGCGUGACGGGUACCGCGCCACGCCGCUUCACAUUGCCGCCAGGAGCGGGGAUGGUAUAGAGCUGAGGCUACUUCUGCAGUCAACCCCGGAGAGCAAGAAGGCGGGUGGGAAGCUGGUGCAUAGUCAGAUAGUGGCGCUACUGAUUGAAAGGGGUGCGGACGUCAAUGCGAGGGAUCAGGGGGGGAGGACGCCGCUGCACAAUGCGGCGGAGUUUCAGGAUGUGGAGAUGGUGAGGACGUUGUUGGAGGCGGGGCGAAGAGGGAGGUGGCGAAUGGGGCGGGGAAGACGCCAGUGUGGUUGGCGAGUGCGAAUGACUGGCCGAGGGGGUCGGGAGAGAUUGUGA